AUGACAAAAUUAUCGAAAGCCACACUUCCACAUCAUCGAGGGGUCUUCGUUUUUAUUGAAAAUCUGUUGAGCUCCAGUCGCGGGGAACCAGCCGCCUCGCGUAUUAACGACAACGAUGGCGAGGAGUGUGAGAGAGAAUCGGCGCCGAGUGGCGCUCCUGCAGCCGUGCGUCGGCACGACGUGUGCGCUCGGGCAUCCAGCACAGACUUCAGAACCGAACCGUGUGGAAGCAGGCGGCCGCCCCUCGCGUGCUCCGGACGGGAGACCAAGCAGCUAACUGCUCUAGCCCGACCAGACAGUCCAAAAGAGGAAAGUCGCAGUUUGGAUGAACGUUUCGACUCCGUCUCCAGCGACGGAGACUCCCAGGUCGUGUCAGAACCUCUGCUGGGGACCAAGGACAAAGAGCGGAAAAUCAGACUGCGCAUCCCCGAAGACGCCCGACAGCUUUCUGACGAGCGCUCCGAUCCGGACACACCCGAAUCGGGCUCGAUUCGCAAGAAAAAAACUCGGACUGUGUUCAGUCGAAGCCAGGUUUUCCAGCUGGAAACAACCUUCGACGUGAAACGGUAUUUGAGUAGCUCCGAACGCGCAGGCCUCGCCGGCUCCUUGGACUUGUCCGAAACUCAGGUCAAAAUCUGGUUCCAAAAUCGCAGAAAUAAGUGGAAAAGACAAUUGGCCGCCGACUUGGAGGCUGCAAGUAUUUCCCGUUCGACUCGGCGAAUUGUUCGGGUGCCCAUUUUGUAUCACGAGAACGCCACACCAACGUCGAUACUGCGUUUCGACGUGCCACAAGUCUCGCCACCCGUCACGGGCUUCACACAUGCAGUGAGCUGUCCACUAGCGUCUUUUACCCAUUCUGUCAGAUGACAGGCCUUGUCUAACUUUGGGAGACUGGAGAUGUUUUAUAGGUACAUAAUGGUCUUAUAUGUAUAUUAAUAUUAUUACCAGUAAUAUCAAUAUAUGAAUAUAAAAUAUCUUCACUGAUGUUAAAUCGUGCAAUAACCCAUAUUGCCCCUAAAAACCUAAAAAAAAUUGAAAAAAAAAAAGUUUGCUGUAUCCAAAGAACGCAUUAAUCAUGAUUACACGAAACAAACGAAAUAGCUCAUAUAUUUGUUAAAUAUUUAUGUAUUUUUGUGUAUUUUUUCAGUUUUUGUCUGAAAUAGCUAUUUCAAUGCAUGCAAAUGAACACCAAUAGGCCUAAAUGUAUACUGGGGGGACAAGUGGGGAUAUUUGCUUUAUGUAAAAUAUAUUCCUGUUU